CAACGACCAUCUCCCCACCGCGCCACCGUGCGUACACAUCUUUCUCGCGCGCCAUGAGCUCGGACGACGGCGAAAACUUUGACCUCGACGACGUAUCCGGGUCGGACUCGGACGGCUACGCGCCUGCCCCAAAGAAGAAAGCCGCACCCAAAGCCAAGGCACCCGCGAAGCCACGAGCACCUGCGAAGCCCAAGUCUACUGCCGCGAAGCCUGCGGCCAAGGGCGCUGCGAAGGGGAAGAAGAAGGUGCUAGCGGAACGCGACGACAAUGCGGAGGACGAGAGUGACAUCGACGUGGUCAUGGCCGAUCCAGAUGAGGUCAACGACGCGGAUGGUGUAGAUCCGACAUCCUCAAAGAAGAACAAGUCUGCCUCAGAGACCUACCAGAAGCUUACCCAACUGGAGCAUAUCCUAAAGCGACCAGACUCGUACAUUGGCAGUGUGGAGACAAUUCAACAACCCAUGUGGACUUACGAUGCUGAGAAGAAGCGCAUGGUGCAUCGUACCGUCAAGUACGUGCCCGGCUUCUUCAAGAUUGUAGACGAAAUCCUCGUCAACGCGGCGGAUAACAAGAUCAACGACCCCUCCAUGGACACCAUCAAGGUCAGCUACGACCUCGACGAGAACACCAUCUCUGUGUACAACAACGGCAAGGGUAUCCCCAUCGAGAUGCACUCGCGAGAGAAGAUGUACAUCCCUGAGCUCAUCUUCGGCCACCUUCUCUCUUCCUCCAACUACGAUGACGACGAGAAGAAGCUGACCGGUGGCCGUAACGGCUACGGAGCGAAGCUCGCCAACAUCUACUCGCACGAGUUCACCGUCGAGACCGCGGACAAGAACACGAAGCAGAAGUACAAGCAGACGUGGACGGACAACAUGAGCAAGUGCGGGAAGCCGAAGAUCACGAGCAACGGGAAGGGCGAGGAGUACACGCGCGUUACCUUCCGCCCCGACCUGAAGCGCUUCGGCAUGGACCGCAUCGACGAAGACACAGCGAGCCUGCUCCAGCGCCGCGUGUACGAUCUUGCGGGCACGGUCAAAGACGUCAAGGUGUUCUUGAACGACGAGCGCUUGAAGAUCAAGAACUUCAAGCAGUACGUCGAGAUGUACAUCAACUCGGCGCAGGCGGAGGCGAGCGAGGUGUCAGGCGGCGCCGCGCAGACGAAGCCGACCAUCGUGCACGAGAUCUUGGGCAAGCGGUGGGAGGUCGCCUUCACCGUGUCCGAGGGCACGUUCCAGCAGGUCUCGUUCGCGAACUCCAUCGCGACUAUCAAGGGUGGCACGCACGUCAACCUCAUCGCGGACCAGAUUGCGAAGAACCUGCUCGCGUCGAUCAACAAGAAGAACAAGGCCGCGACGGUGAAGGCGCCGCAGAUCAAGAACCAUAUGUGGAUCUUCGUCAACGCGCUCAUCGAGAACCCGACGUUCGACUCGCAAACGAAGGAGACGUUGACGUUGCCCGCGUCGAAGUUCGGUACUAAGCCCGUGCUCUCGGAGGAUUUCAUGAAGAAAGUUCAGAAGUCCCCGCUUGUCGAGAACAUCCUGAACUGGGCCAAGUUCAAGGCCGACCAGCAGAUCAAGAAGACCGAUGGUAGCAAGCGCAGCCGCCUUACUGGCCUCCCCAAGCUCUCCGAUGCCAACAACGCCGGCACGAAGUACGCGAAGGACUGCACCCUCAUCCUCACGGAAGGAGACUCCGCCAAGGCGCUCGCCAUUGCCGGACUCGGCGUCGUCGGUCGCGACAACUACGGUGUCUUCCCCCUGCGCGGCAAGCUGCUCAACGUCCGCGAAGCCCGGCACGACCAGAUCAUGAAGAACGAGGAGAUUCAGAACAUCAAGAAGAUUCUGGGCUUGCAGCACAACAAGGACUACACGGACAUCGCGAGCUUGCGCUAUGGCAAGUUGAUGAUCAUGACGGAUCAGGAUCACGAUGGGUCGCAUAUCAAGGGUCUUAUUCUAAACUUCCUCGAUCACUUCUAUCCGUCGUUGCUCAAGCUUGACCCGGCGUUCUUGCUGGAGUUCAUCACGCCUAUCGUUCGUGUCACGAAGGGCAACCAGCGCAAGGACUUCUUCACGCUGCCGGAGUACGAGAGGUGGCUGGAGACGACACCGGACGCGCGCAAGUGGUCGGCGAAGUACUACAAGGGUCUGGGUACGAGCAAGGACUCGGACGCCCGUGACUACUUCAGCCACACGGAGAAGCACGUCAUCCCCUUCGCGCAGACGCAGGAGGGCGACCGCGAACUUAUUGACCUGGCCUUCAGUAAGAAGAAGGCGGACGACCGUAAGGAGUGGCUUCGGACUUGCAAGCCGGGUACCUUCUUGAACCACGAUGUCGACGAGAUCCCGAUCUCCGACUUCAUCAACAAGGAGCUCAUCCUGUUCUCGAUGGCGGAUAACAUCCGUUCCAUCCCUUCCGUCGCAGACGGGUUGAAGCCCGGUCAGCGCAAGAUCAUCUGGGGCUGCUUCAAGCGCAAGCUCAAGAAGGAGAUCAAGGUCGCCCAACUCGUCGGUUACGUCUCUGAGCACGCCGCCUACCACCACGGUGAACAGUCUCUGACAAUGACAAUCGUCAACUUGGCGCAGGACUACGUCGGCAGCAACAACAUCAACCUGCUCAUGCCGAACGGUCAGUACGGUACGCGCGACCAGGGUGGCAAGGACCACGCCGCGGCUAGGUACAUCUUCACCGAGCUGUCGCCGUUGACGCGGUCGCUGUUCAACACCGCGGACGAGCCGUUGCUCAAGCAGCAGAAGGAAGACAACCAGCCGGUAGAGCCCGAGUACUACAUGCCCAUCAUUCCUAUGGUGCUUGUCAAUGGCGCGGAUGGUAUCGGCACAGGUUGGAGCACAAGCAUCCCGUCGUACAACCCCACAGACAUCGUCGCGAACAUCCGCCGUCUGAUGGACGGGGAGGAACAGGUUCCCAUGUUCCCCUGGUGGCGCGGCUUCAACGGCGAGAUCAAGUCGACCGGGAAGAAUAAGUACGACGUGACGGGUAUCGCGCGCAAGCUCAACGACACGCAAGUUGAGAUCACUGAGCUGCCGAUCCACAAGUGGACGCAGAACUUCAAGGCGGAGCUCGAGACGAUGAUGGUGUCGGAGAAGGGCGAGGCGCCGGUGAAGACCUACACCGAGCACCACGACAACACGAACGUGCACUUCAUCAUCACGAUGAGCGCGACCGAGCUCAAGAAGGCCGAGGAGCAGGGCUUCGUCGAGUACUUCAAGCUCACGAGCAAGAUUAGCACCGCGAACAUGAUCGCCUUCAACUUCGACGGCAAGAUCACGAAGUACGACUCGCCGGAGGAGAUCGUGGAGGAGUUCUACCCGCAGCGUUUGAUGUACUACCAGAAGCGCAAGGACUACCUUGCCGAUGAGCUUCAAGUCCAGCUGUCCCGCUUGAACAACCAAGCCCGCUUCAUCCAGAUGAUCGUCGAUAGACAGCUCAUCGUGUCCAACCGCAAGAAGGUCGACAUCGUCGCCGACUUGCGCAAGCAUGACUUCCGGCCAUUCCCGAAGAUCGCGAAGGCGAAGGAGGCAGGCGAGGACGAGCCGACUGUCGAGCAGGAAGAGGAAGAGGAGGAGGACAUCGACGACGAUAAGAACGCGUACGACUACCUCCUGAACAUGGCCAUCCACAGCUUGACGCGCGAGAAGAUCGAGAGGCUACGCAAGCAGAGCCAGGACAAGGAGGAGGAGCUUAACACGCUCCUCGCCAAGUCCCCGAAGCAGAUGUGGAACGAGGACCUCGACGAUUUCCUCGUGCAGUGGGAUGCCUCACUUCGUGAGUGGGAUGCCAAGAAGGAGGUGGACAGCAGCGGCAAGAAGGUGAAGCGCGGCAAGAACAAGCCGCUGCUUACCCGCAAGUCCAUCGGCGAGAAGCGUGGGCGGAAAGACGACAGUGAUGAUGACGACUUCAAGCCUACGAAGGCUGCGCCCAAGAAGCGUGCCGCGCCUCAGUCCAAGGCUGCGGGGACGUCAAAACCUAAGGCGGCAGUGAAGAAAGAGGAGAGCGACGACGACGACGAUGCCCCUGCCAAACCUCCGCCGAAGCGAGCGCCAGCCAAGAAGGUGAUCAAGGACGACUCGGACGAUGACUUCGACGUCGUGCCUGCGCCUAAGGCUGCUGCAGCUGCGAAGAAGAAGGCGCCAGCGAAGCGGAAGAGCAGCGACGACAGCGAUGUCGAGAUGCCACCGCCAAAGAAGGCCCCUCAGCGGCGAGCACCAGCGAAGAAGAAGGUGGUGGACUCCGACGAUGAUGACGACUCGGACGUAGAGGUUCUGCCGGCGAGCAACGGGAAGGGCAAAGCUAAAGCGCCGCCGAAGCGUAAAUCUCUUGACAGAGACUCCGACGGCGAGGACGACGAAGCACCGCCCGCCAAAAAGAAAGCGCAGACGUCCAUGACCGACUUCCUGACCAAACCCGGCGCAUCCAAACCGGCGGCGGCGCAGCGCAAGGUCUCGAAGCCCACUGCAAAGCCUCCGUCAAAAGCGAAGAAGGUGAUAGAGAGCGAUGACGAUGACGAGCUGGACAUGAGCUUCGAUACCCUGCCUGCGCCGCCACCGCGCGCCGCGCCGCCUCGAAGGGGUGCUGCCGCUGCCGCCGCUGCUAAGAAAUACGUGGAUAUUUCGGACGACGAGGAUGACGAUUAGAUACGUUUCGAAUCCUUGUUAUGCCACUCCGCCUCCCGCUACUUAUGCUUACACAUGUGCACCGUAUGCCUCAUAUUGUAUCGAUACCACUGCUUACGACUGGAACGAAUGAGCUUCUUUACUGUGCAA